GCCACCAAUGAAAAUGCGCGGUGGAUCCUCUUCCCCUCCCCGCCCCUUUGUGCGCCCGCGCUUCCUACAGGAGGCUGAUUCCUGACAGAAGUGUCGGAAGAGUUUCAAGUGCCUGCAAAACCGACGCAGCUGUGCAGGAGCGCGCGUUCGGGUCCUCUUGUCCGCGUGUUCGAGACUCCUAAAGAUGUCAGCUCAAGGCCAUACCUGGUCCCGACAGGUGAAGAAAGAAGAUGAAGAAGAGGACCCACUGGACCAGCUGAUCUCCCGCUCUGGCUGUGCUGCUUCCCACUAUGCAGUGCAGGAGUGCAUGGCCCAGCACCAGGACUGGCGACAGUGCCAGCCACAGGUGCAGGCCUUUAGGGACUGUAUGAGUGAACAGCAGGCAAGGCGACGGGAGGAGCUGCAGAGGAGGAAAGAGCAAAGCAGUGCCCACCGCUGAGACCCCACACCACCUGUCCCCAGAGGAUGGCCCUGCAGAAACUAGCACCCAGAGAGAACAUGGGAGAAAGAAAUCCUUCCUAAGUGAAAGUGUGGGCCAAGAAGUGUAAGACUUAGGGAUAGUAUUUGGGCCUGGGAUUGAGAGCCAGGCAGCCAUGGGUUUGGACAUGACUUGCCAUAGAGAGCAGUCAUAUUGUCAUGUUGAGAUCCCACACAUCCUCACCCAUCUUAUGUCACCGAUAUUAAAUAUUGACCAGUAUUUGCCAUGUAAAACAAAGAAAUGGGUUAAGGGAUGCUCUCCUACACUACAUCUUGGGUCAGUGUGCCAAGUACUGUGCUGAUUACAUGGACAUAUAAUUUUAAAGUAAAUUUACAAUCUAAAGGUAAA